AGCACACAGUUAUUGAGUUGGGGCCCUAUAACUGAGAUCUGCUUAGGGCCCCCAAAUCCCAUGUCUGCCCUGAUUGUAAUGUAAUAUUAUUUUCCCCCUCCACAGUGGAACCUUUAAGAGCCAAUAGAGGUUAACUUGUGAGGACUAAGAAGUCAAACACAGAUGAAUAACUCUACAGUGAACUACACCACGACUGAAGCAUUUACAAACCCCACAACUCAUUUCACUGGGAUACUGGACAGUCUGAACAUUUGUGUCUACAUAAUCAGUUUGCUAUUUGGUCUUCCCACACACUCCUAUGUGACAUGGCUCAUCAUCACAGGAACAGGACGUGGAGUUGCAUCAAAGUUCUUCAUCCUCAAUCUUUCUGUUUGUGAGAUUGGUAUCUCUCUAUAUUGUUUUGUAUAUGCAAUAUCAUAUUGGUCUUUAAGUGUCUCAACCAUUAAACUAUUUUUUGUAGGACUUACCAUCACUGGUCGUCCUCUGUUUCAGUGUCUGAUAUGUGUUGAGCGUUACCUGGCAGUGCUUCAUCCUGUAACCUUUCUGAAGUACAAACCUCUCCGAUAUAGAGUGUUCUGCUGCACUGUGGCUUGGAUAAUUUGUCUUGGCUCAUGUGUGUUCUGCAUGUAUAUUUUAGGUGAAGAUGACAUGCAUUUAUAUACAUGGUUCUUCUCACUGCAGUUUCUCUUCUACCUCUCCAUCCAGUUGUUUUGUCUUGUGGCUGUUCUCAGAGCUUUGAAGCAGUCAGGACCAGGAGAGAGAGGGGGAGAGAGAAACGAGGAAAACCACAUGAAGAGAAGAGCCUUUCAUCUCAUUCUUAUAACUACUGUGAGCAUGGCUAUCAUAUAUGGUCCAUAUUUAAUUAUAGGAUUCUUAACUAUUAUGAUAAAACAACUUAUUCAACCACUUUGGUUUAUUGGUUUGACUUGUUAUGUGCUGGCUGGUUUUGUGCACCCUCUUCUUCAUCUGCACCGUGCUGGAAAAGUCUCCUGUCUACGUUUGCUGUAAUAUUUUCUGUUGCAUUAAGAUACUGAACUUUAUUCAUUUAAUUAUAUAUUUUUAUUAUUAUUGAUAACAGUUUUUGUCAUUUUGUUUAUCUAAAUUAUGGUCUUUGACAUCUCAAUUGUCUUUUGUCUUACAA